UACCUACAUCCUAAUCAUUAAAUCACCAAACAUCAUCUUCGCCAUCAACUUGUACCAACACUCACAUAUCGUUGAAUAUCUUGAUGUGAAACCGCGUAAUUAUCAUUUCAAACCCCGCCUGUUACCUUCUGCUCAUAGAUCAAGAACCCCCAGAUUAUUACAAUUACCACUCAUCGUUCGCGCAUCAUGAUGGGAGGUUGGUGGUCGUCCUCGGCCAAUAGCGCCUUGGAUGAGCAGAUUGACAAAGCAACUGGGAGUAGUUUAGAGGACAUUCCGCUUAAUCUCGAAAUAUCCGAUGUCAUUAGAUCCAAGACAGUACAACCCAAGGAGGCGAUGCGCUCGCUGAAGCGUCGUAUUGGCAAUAAGAACCCCAACACCCAGCUAAGCGCAUUAAACUUGACAGACACCUGCGUUAAGAAUGGCGGCUCCCAUUUCCUCGUCGAGAUUGCCUCCAGAGAGUUCAUGGAUAAUCUAGUGUCCCUCAUCCACGCAGUCGGUCCCGCCGCCGUAAACCUCGAGGUUCGAGCCAAGAUUUUAGAGUUGAUACAAUCCUGGGCUGCCGCUACCGAGGGUCGUUAUGACCUGAAGUACAUCGAGGAGACGUAUAGAGCCCUGCAGAGAGAAGGAUUUCAGUUCCCUCCCCGGACAACUGUGGCAAGCAGUAUGAUUGACAGCAGCGCCCCUCCAGAGUGGAUCGAUUCCGAUGUGUGUAUGCGCUGCCGCACCCCGUUUACCUUCACGAACCGUAAGCAUCAUUGUCGCAAUUGCGGUAACUGCUUCGACCAGCAAUGUUCCACCAAGACGCUUCCUUUACCACAUCUAGGGAUCAUGCAGCCAGUACGAGUUGACGACGGUUGCUAUGCCAAGCUAACGGACCGAUCCAAUAGAGGCGGUCUCAGUAGGCAUGAGCUCUCCCCCACGACCCCAACAUUCCCCCACAAGAAUCGCAGUUCCUCCGCCAUGCAACCUCGAGACGCCCGGGUCGAUGACGCGUUUGACGAAGAUCUCAAGAAGGCUUUAGCUAUGAGUCUAGAGGAAGUUCAGGGUCAUUCAAGGGGCUACGCUCCCCCGUCGCAUAACACUCCUCCGGCAUCGCGUGCUGUCGCUGAUGUCCAUUCACCUGCAGUAGUAGGGACGGCUGAGGAAGAGGACGAUGACCUGAAAGCUGCCAUCGCCGCGUCUUUGGCAGACAUGGAAGAGCAGAAGCAAAAGCAUUCCGCAGCGCUAAAGCAACAUACGAACGGGUCUGAAAACGCGUCGACUACUUCAUUUGCAUUGCCGAAGAACGAUUAUGAGCUUACUCCUGUCGAGGCCGAAAACAUCAACCUUUUCUCGACGUUAGUUGACAGGUUGCAGACUCAGCCACCCGGAACGAUCCUCAGGGAACCGCAGAUUCAGGAGCUUUACGAUUCUAUUGGGACGUUGAGGCCGAAACUGGCACGUACAUAUGGCGAAACAAUGAGCAAGCACGAUACGCUUCUCGACUUACAUGCCAAACUAUCUACCGUAGUUCGAUAUUAUGAUAGGAUGCUAGAGGAGCGUCUCUCAAAAGCCUACAGCCAACACAGUAUUGGUGGCUACGGUUUACCUAGUUCCGGACAGCAGGCGAGCCCAUACCCUCCAAUCGAGUCGGCCGCAGCCAGGGCUUCUACAUCAGCAGAGAAUUUCUACACAGGCGAACAGGUUCCAGAUACUAGCAGAACACCAGUCGGCCAUCAAUACCAUCAUAUUCAACAAGGUCCGCCACAGCAAUUUACGGGUUACGAUAAGCGAGGAUCCGUAUCAGGGCCCCCGAACGGCCAAUAUCCGCAGCAUACAGUCCAAAGAAGCGACAGUUGGCAGAAACAUCAAGGACCAUCCGCGCCAGCACAAUACCCUCAACAAGCAACUUUUGCUUCCAGCGAACCUCCCCCACAACCGAGCCACGUACCUCAACCUUCUCCACAAACCCCACUUAACAGGGUCACUGAGACAGUUGGGACAUCAGCCACUGACCCUAACGUGGCUUAUUACUAUAAUAACUCACAAUCGAACAACGACCGUGCUACACCAAGCAUCCCCCCAGAACCAGCGCCAGCGCCAUCACCGUACCCUAACCUUCAGCACAACUUAAACUACGCAGGGCAAUCUGUCCCUCCCACUCCCGCUUCGCUUCCCGUACAGCCAUCUCAGCCGUCCCAGCAGUACCAGCCAUCCAACCAACAAGCACCGCAGUUAUAUUGGCAUCAGCAGCAGCAACAACAGCAACAUGCUGACCGGGCACCCCAAGCAUACCAGACAAGUGGUCCGGGGUAUUCUAGAUUUACGCAGGACUCAUUCCCUGCUGCCCCUCAACACGUUCCUCAGCAGCCCGCGAUAGAAGAAAGUUUGAUUGAUCUGUAAGAGAAGUAAGAAAAGCAUGGGUGAGGGUUAUCAGCUACUACUGGGUGGAGAUAGGAUUAAUAGUGUUCUUAACCGGGUCGUCUCCGAAUCUUAAUAGAGAUAUCCACCAAUCUAACCAAGAUUGAGUCAACUAAGCGAAAUCUACGGGAAUAGUAUGAAUAUACGGGCAUUUGUGAAUUAAUCCGUAGGCGUUGAGAUGUAGCAUUUUGCAUCUAGGCGAACGUAUAUAUGCAUCGAUGUGGGUAUAUGUACGGUACGUCCGUCCGAUACAUGUAUCUACAUGUACAAAAUCAAGCACGGAC